ACAACAUAACAGGCAUUGAAGAGAUAGAAAGGGAGAGAGAGCAGAGAGACAAAAAUAAUGCCGAGCUGAGACGUAACCACGGUGAUGAUUACGGCAGUGUUUUUAUCUGUGGGUUUGAACACUCUGGUGAAAGCAAACCUGUCCAGUGGCAUGAGCAAUUUCGUUUUCGCUGCUUAUUCCAACCUCUUCGGAUUCUGUUUCCUGCUAACCGCAACAACCCUUCGUUACAGAAACAGAUCUCCCCCACCGCUCAAUAACUCCAUUGUCUUCAGAGCUUUUCUCCUUGGCUUCUUGGGUGUUUUCAUUCAAACGCUCUUUUAUAUUGGCCUUGGAUAUGGCUCCCCCACUCUCAGCUCAGCCACAGAAGAUCUCAUUCCAGCUUUCACUUUCAUAAUCGCCGUUGUUUUCAGGAUGGAAAAGCUGGACCUAAAACUAAGAAGCAGUCAAGCAAAAACCAUUGGGACUGUGGUCUCAAUUGCAGGGGCAUUAACGGUGACUUUAUACAAAGGUUUGCCUAUAACAACUCAUGUGAUGCGACACAACUUAUUUCUCUCAUCUCAACAAUCACAAUGGCUACUAGGAGGAUGUAUCCUAUCAACUGCUACCUUUACUGCUUCAGUCUUAAUUGUUAUUCAGGUAAAUAGCUUUAACUACCCAUUCAAACUAUAAUCUACAUUAAGAAUUUAUUUCUAACUAAACCCUAUACAUACAUACACUAGGCGAUAAUAAAAUG